AUGGACUCAGACUCUAGCACCAUUGAACAUCAAGAUAGCUUACUAUCUCACUUUGUUUCGAAGCUCAACGAGUAUCUCAGUCAGCAUCAGGUGUACAAGUUCUCUGAUGAUGAGAAGCUUGCACAAAUGUUUGGUCUUUUUUCACUUUUCAUUUUAGCCCGAACUAAAUUUGGAAUACUUCAUCCCAAGCAUCACUUGUCCAACAAAGUGGAUGAGCUGUAUUUAAGAUAUCAAAUUCUACUAUGCUUCGAGAUUCGUGUCAAAAUUUAUGGGCUAAAUUUCUUGGAUGAGAUGGAAAAUGUCCAACUAAGGCACUAUGUUGAUUUUUGCAAAAUCAUAAUUUCCAUCAUUCGAAUGUUGCUCGAUCUACCAAUCACCAACACCAAUGAUACAUUUCUGGUUAAGCUCAUUCCUUCACUGAAACUUGCAAAUAAUUACAGCAAGAUGGAGGAUGACUCAGGUAAGAAAAUGGUGAGAAAAUUAUUAGAGCAUAUAACGAACCGGUCUGAUAUUUUAUUGAAGAAAGCAGAGUCUUCUCACAUAGAUCCUGAGAUUAUUGAAUUCUGUUGUAUAACCUUGACUCUUAUUAAGGACUCUCCAUUUAGCACCGCACUUUGCUCGAUUGCAAAAGAUAUGUGCUAUUCACUUCCAAAUUGCUCCAACAAUAAUUCAGUAUAUGUCAAAAAAAUUCUUACCACUAUUAAAUCUGACUCUAAGAAGCCUCUCAUUAUUGAUUUUAAGGCCCACAAAUUACUCCAUCUCCCCUCCCCUACCAAUAUGGUAUCAUCAGCGAAUUGGAACAAACCAUAUGAGACCUCAUCAUUCACUAUGAAUCCUUUGUACAUACCACUCUUCAAUCAUUUAGCUACCAAAGCAAAUAAUAAUGCUGAUAAGGGAUCGCGUUGUCGUAAUCCCCGUGACACAACGAAAUCCUUCGUGGGACUGCCAUUGAUUAGAAAUGGCAUAAUGUUGUUGAAUACUCUUUCCUCUAUCCAUCUUAUCCAUUUGUGCCAGAAACCAAAUCUUCUAAGUAAAUAUUGCAGGAAGUCCCAGCUUACACAAUCAAAUACCUGA